AUGGCCACUCUGCAGAUAAAAGACGGGGAGUACACGGCGACCAUCUAUAAAAUGAUUAAAGAAGGAAGAUAUACAGAAGCAGUCCAUAUACUUAGUAUUGAACUGCAGAAACAGUAUCGGUCUAGGGCUGGCCUGUCCCUCUUGGGUUACUGCUAUUUUCAGAUGCAAGACUUCGUGAAUGCUGCUGAAUGCUAUGAUCAACUUAUGCAAAUCAAUCCUGAAGUGGAAGAGUAUAAACUGUAUUAUGCUCAGUCUUUGUACAAGGCAUGCUUGUAUCCAGAGGCAAUGAAAGCAACAUUUCUGUUGGAUAACCCUGCCUACCAAAGCAAGAUGUUGAAACUACAAGCUUGCAUUAAAUAUGGGGAAGAGGAGCUGUCGGCAGCUAAGGGCUUAGUAGAACAGAUGCCUUCCGAUGAUCCAGAUAGUGAGAUAAAUUUGGGCUGCCUGCUCUACAAAGAAGGACAGUAUGAAGAGGCUUGCAAAAAAUUCCUCACUGCCAUGCAAGUUGUGGGAUAUAAACAAGAUUUAUCUUACAACAUUGCUUUGUGUUACUAUAGCAUGAAACAAUAUGCACCAGCUUUAAAGCACAUUGCAGAUAUAAUAGAACAUGGCAUCAGAGAACAUCCAGAGCUCGGGGUUGGCAUGAAAACAGAAGGCAUUGAUGUGCGCAGUGUUGGAAACACCCUGGUGCUGCAUGAAACUGCGUUAAUUGAAGCCUUUAACCUCAAGGCUGCUAUUGAAUACCAGUUAAAAAAUAAUGAUGCAGCACAGGAAGCACUAACAGAUAUGCCGCCACGAUCUGAAGAGGAACUGGACCCAGUGACUCUUCAUAAUCAGGCACUAAUGAACAUGGAUACUAAGCCCACAGAGGGCUUCGAAAAACUUCAGUUUUUGUUGCAGCAAAACCUCUUUCCUCCUGAAACAUUUGGCAAUCUCUUACUUUUAUACUGCAAAUAUGAGUACUUUGACCUUGCAGGAGACGUACUGGCUGGAAAUGCCCAUCUGACUUACAAGUUUCUAACUCCUUAUUUACACAGUUUUCUACAUGCACUAACUGCAUGCCAAACAUCACCCGAAGAGACGUAUGCCAGGCUUGAAGAACUGGCUGGGAUGCUUACAGAACAGUUAAGAAAAUUAACAAAACAGGUACAAGAAGCAAGACAUAAUCGAGAUGAUGAGGCAGUUAAAAAGGCUGUGAAUGACUAUGAUGAAGCCCUAGAAAAAUAUAUACCUGUUCUGAUGGCCCAGGCAAAGAUUUACUGGAACUUGGAGAACUAUCAGGAGGUGGAAAAAACCUUCCGUAAAUCAGUGGAGUUCUGCAGUGAGCAUGAUGUGUGGAAGCUGAAUGUGGCUCAUGUUCUGUUUAUGCAGGAAAAUAAAUACAAAGAAGCGAUUGGUUUCUAUGAGCCAAUUGUGAAAAAGCACUAUGACAAUAUCCUAAAUGUCAGUGCAAUUGUUCUUGCAAAUCUGUGUGUUUCCUACAUUAUGACAAGUCAAAAUGAUCUGGCUGAAGAAUUAAUGAGAAAAAUUGAAAAAGAAGAGGAACAGAUUGCUUAUGAUUACCCCGAUAAGAAAAUCUACCAUCUCUGCAUAGUUAACCUGGUUAUUGGGACUCUUUAUUGUGCUAAAGGAAACUAUGAGUUUGGUAUUUCUAGAGUUAUCAAAAGCCUUGAACCAUACAAUAAAAAGCUUGGAACAGACACAUGGUAUUAUGCAAAGCGAUGUUUCCUCUCCUUGCUAGAAAAUAUGGCAAAGCACAUGAUCAUGCUCCCGGACAGCGUCAUCUAUGAGUGUAUUCAGUUUCUGGAACACUGUGAAAUUUAUGGUAAAAAUAUCACAGCUUUAAUCGAACAACCACUGGAAGAGAAGAGAAUGCACAUUGGGAAGAACACAAUCACUUAUGAAUCCAGACAACUUAAAGCUUUAAUCUAUGAAAUAACCUCCUGGAAUAUAUAA